CUCGAACUCCCCUUCUUCCCUGGCGAACUUUCCCCUGAACAUUUUUUGCAGGCGAAAGCAGGUCAACAGACUGAGUUGCGUGAAAAAGUUGAUGUCACUUCUUCAUCAAACACAACCGAGCAUCGAGAAUACAGAGAAAAGAGUAAAUCAUCGCAUAACCAUGGCUGACAAGGUGUUGCGGGCCUCGAAUGUUAAGCAAAGCGGAACGUUAAACCGCGCCCCCACCUUCGCAUUUCGCACCACGAAGAGCAAUGUUGGGGGUAGUGCUUGUGGAAACCCAACUAGUGGACCGGGUAAGGAAUCUGCAAAAGCAUCAUCACCAAACAUCUCUCGACUAGUUUGCUCACCAGGUGUCCGAACUGCAUCGUCUAGGCAGGACGUGCCUGCAAAAAAUGCGAGUGCAUCUGCAGCUACUGUUGCUCCCCCUGCUGCAACAACGAAAAGCCGUCACGCGCCGUAUUUCGCAGACCUGAAACUGGUUUUCGAGACGUUCUGUGACCUAGCGGGCGUUGUGCCUCAAGGUAGCAAGAAGCAACUCGUGGUCGUGCUUACCGUUCGACACGCCCAGAAUCUUCUGAAGAGAUUUACAGGCGCUUCGGUUUAUCCACUUCCACCACUGUGUGUGCGUGAGCUCGUGCGUUCCGCAAUCGAAGAGCAUUGCCGAAGUCAGCGCUUGGGUCCGUUUGAGAGCAGUCGACUUUUGAAAAGAAUGGAGAUCACGGAGCCAAUUUUUCGUAGCGCGAUUGAAAAAUGGUCGGGCUCAGGUUCGUGCGCCUCGCUUUGGACCAACGUCAUGGCAUCCAGUGCUCCAGAACGGAAGAAGAAAGACGCUUCUGGAGAAGAUAAUGUAGCGACAGAGCUCGAUCCGAGAGCCAUUUGCGACUUCUUCGCUACUUUUCUGAAUGACAGCACCUUCGAAAUGGCGGAAAUGCAAAGAUUGAUUCAAGACACGCUUCCAAGCAAGGCGAAGCCGGGUCACGAAUCAACAAUCUCAGAAAUCGACUUCGAACACAUGCUUAAACACAGAACAGUGAGGUUGUAGCACCGAUACCGAUCGCAUUAUUUUCCGCAUCUUCUAUAAAUAUGAAGGUGUAGACUACUAUAACGCAUAAUUCAUUGGUGUCAUGCAGAUUGCAUCAAAAUGUACGCAUUUUGACUGUCUCGUGCUGUCGCGUGUUCUAUUAUCAGAACUAUCGGUCAUGAUCAUGCUCCCUAAAAAAACUAACAGC